UGUAAUCCUAAUAAAGACUUUGUGAUCCCCAUCUUCAUCGUUCUCUUUCUCCAUUUGAUCACUGUGAGCUCCCCCGAGGACACCAACGGUAGACGCCACCCAGCUUCUUCGACGCGACGUUGCCUCCACCUCCCCGCACCCCUUGAUUUGAACGCGCCCCGUGCGCUCCCCUUGCCCCGCACGACGCACCCACAGGCUCACCCUCGGCACUCGGCACCUGCCAUCUACACUCUCCUGCGCCGUUUCUCUUUCUCAUCUCCCAUUCUCAUCUUAUUCACUCCCCGCGCACUUCGGCGCGCGCUAUUUGCACACUACACUCUCCUUCAACCGCGAGCCCUUUAGCAGCUGAGCUACCCCGCACGCCCCGCACCUCGCCGCCACCGCCACCCCACCUCCACCCGGCGUGAUGAGCGCCAACGCGUACGAUUACGCCCCUCACCCCGAGACGCAUGACUACCACCACCGACACCCGUAUGGGGUGCCAUCCCCCGACCCGUCGUUUCUGGACGACAAGAGCGGCAUGCCGCUGAGCCCACAUUCACCGUCUGGCUCAACAGCUCCGCUGCGACCAGAGAGCGCGUACGGCGGCCGCGACCGCGACGAGCCCUCCUAUCCCUCUUACGCACACUACGACGCGCCCACUGCACCAGCACGGCGCACGGCGUCUAGAACAGACGAGCUCAAGGAGGGCGAGUUGCCAGAUGGCUGGACUAAAGAGGACGAGGAGGCCGAGAGAGAGUUUCUCAAGGCUGGCCUAUUCAACUGGCGCGACCUGUACUCGUGGCGUUUCUGGCUGCGUCUCAAGUGGUGGUACUGGUAUGUGAUCUUGAUCGUAUGCGCGGUCGUGGUUAUCCUCAUGACCGUGUACCACGAUCAGAUCGUCACCUGGCUCACCCCGGCCGCUGAAUGGAUGCGCGAUCUCCCAGGUGGAUGGACGAUUCCCAUCGCCAUCAUGUUUGUCAUCUCCUUUCCCCCGCUGUUCGGACAUGAGAUUGUUGCCAUCAUCUGUGGUAUUGUAUGGGGGCUGUGGAUCGGCUUUGGCAUCGUCGCCGCCGGCACGCUCGCAGGCGAGGUCGGCAAUUACUACGCGUUCAAGUAUUGCCUGCGCUCGCGCGCGGCAAAGUAUGAGAACAAGAACAUCACGUACCACUGCCUGUCCUACGUGAUGCGCGAGGGCGGCUUCUGGAUUGUGUUCAUGGCGCGUCUGUCCGCCAUCCCCGGGCACCUGACCACGGCUGUGUUCGCAACUUGCGGCAUGAACUUCUGGAUCUUCCUGAUUGCGACCAUCCUCACGCUGCCCAAGCAGCUCGUCACGGUCUACCUCGGUGUCCUCAUCCUCAACAAAGACAUGAGCACGAAGAGCAAGAUUAUCUCGUACACUGUUCUGGCAGUUGGCUUCCUCGUGACCGUCUACGCCGCGUGGUACGUCUGGCACAAGAUGCACAAGGUUCGCGUGCACGUGUGGCGCGUCCGGCGUAUGCAGAUGGCCAGCCGCGGCAUCGCUCUCGGCGAGGUCGGCUACGCGCGUAAUCCCGACGAGGCCGAGGCCUCCACGCCUAUCCUCAUGACGCACCCGCACCGCAGCUCGAGCACGCGCGGCGCGCUCGGCGUACCCCCCGGAACAUUUGGCAGGGACGAGCGAUCGUCCUACGUCAACCCCUACGAUAUCCGAUACGACCGCGAGGGUGAUAUGAGCAUCUACCAUGUUGACGCGAUGACCGAGCGCGUCAAUCUCGAGGAGGAUAUUGCCGACAGGAUGCGACGCGCGCGUUCUCCACCUCCCGCCGUGCCAGCUGUACCACAACAGUACCGGUCAGCCGCGUUCCCACAGCCAGCACCGUCUGGGCUCGCACGCCAGCAGUCGUCUGCUUCCUCCUACCCUCCCGGCGCAGCGCUGCAGGCCAUCCCCUCCGCGUUCCCCGUCGCCGCACCCGCACCAUCAAGGUAUGAGCAGUACGGCGGGCGCGUGUAAUUGUCAUAUUAGAGAAUCGCUGUGAUCUGCUGCGCGGGCGUGCCUGCGAAAUGUACGUUGUACAUUGAUACAUGGAAAUAGAAUAUGUUUUGCCAGAUUCGCACCGAGGUUUGACAGCCGACGAGACAAGGAAAGGUCGCGUGCGCACGAGGCACAGCCAUACGAUCCCCAGCUCGUGGGAGAGCGAGGAGUGCAUUGAUACAGUGAGGUUAAGUACAACAUAUAACGUC